ACCACACUCGCCGCUUCCUAAUUUCCAUUGCUUUCUUAUCUCUCUCCAUCUCAAGCCUCUCUACCUCCCUUUCUUAACCUUUUUUGUUUUUUUGUUUCCCUCUCUUCUAUGGCUAUAGUAUUAGACUGUAACUUGUAGAGAGAGCAGGCCAACCGAGUCUCAAUAAUGCAGGCAUGCAAGGAAGAAAGGAAGCAGGGAAGGAGCAGAGUAGCUAGUGUUGAUUUGCCCCCUCUGCAGCCUUUCUUUGCGUCCAUAUUUAUCUCUCCGAGUGGAUGCUGAGGGAAUUUAAGAAGCCCCUUUUUUAUCUGUUUCGUGAAAGAGAAGUAACCGAUGGAGAGUUUUCAAAGAAGAAGCGAGUCAGAGGUACUUCCCAACUCCAAUGAAGAGGUUCAAGGACGCAUUAACACCUUUAUACAGUUGAUUGGAGAAGAGAUGAGCUCGGAUUGCUUGGAACCGAAAGUCCGGAGCCCGAGUUCUGUUACCGAAAUGAGCUAUGGAAGCCUAAUUCGAGGCCAUUACCACCACACGCCCUUCCUCCAACUGCUCCAGAGCGCAAUGCAAGCAGAGGAGGAGACGGAAGAACAGGAAGAGCAGCAACUCCACCUGCAAGUCGUCCAGCAACAGCACCAGCAAGCGCUUUUCACCUCCUUCCCACCGGAAUCCAACUUCCAGCUCCUCCUACGCCUCCAGAGCCACGGCGAUAAAAAGCGGAUGGCCGAGAUUGACUCCUCCCGGGCCGCGGAACAGCUGGAGAGCUGCGUCACCCACGCCUCCGAGUCCCAGUCCGACGCCAAAGGAGUUGACGGCCACGAACCCAGUCACCACCUCCAACUCCCCUCUGGAACCACCAGAUCUACGGCGGCGGCCGCGCCGGCGGGGUCGAGGGAGCGGAAGAAGAGGAAGCGCUUGCGGACGGCGUCGGCGGCCUCGACGAAGAGCACGGAGGAGGCGGAGAGCCAGCGGAUGGCGCACAUCGCGGUGGAGCGCAACCGCCGGCGGCUGAUGAACGACCACCUCGCCGCCCUCCGCGCCCUCAUACCCCCCUCCUUCGUCCCACGAGGGGACCAAGCCUCCAUCAUCGGUGGAGCCAUCGACUUCGUCAAGGAGCUCGAGCAGCUCCUCGUCUUGCUCCUGGCCAAGAAGCGGCAGCGCACGUCGGCCGCCAGCACGUCCUCCGCCGCCUCCUCUUCAUGCACGACCCUCUCGAGAUCCACAAGCGAGGAGGAAGGUUGCCCCGCAGCGGCGCCGGCCACCGCUGCGUCGCUGGAGGGCUUCUUCAUCUCGCCGCAGUACACGAGCUACUCGCAGUCCCAGCAGCCGUGUCGGCGCGCCAAGGAGGAGGAGGACGGCGAGGAAUCGCCGGCGGCGAAGGAAGGGGUGGACGUGGAGGCGAUUGUGUUGCAAGGGCACGUGAAUCUGAAGGUGGUGGGGCGGCGGCAGGCGGGGCAGCUGGUGCAAGCCAUCGCCGCCCUGGAGGAGCUCCGCCUCUCUGUCCUCCACCUCAACAUCACCUCCCUCGACCCCUCCUCCAUCCUCUACUCCCUUAACCUCAAAAUGGAGGAGGAGUGCAAGCUUGGAUCGGCGGACGAGAUUGCAACGGCGGUGCACCAGAUAUUCGGCUACAUCAACGCCUCCCGAUGACGCUGGCUGGGUCUUGUUGUCAUGAUCUUGGAGAGAGAUGAUGACAUGGGCUAAGGGUUUAAGGUGGUCCAAGGCUAACGCCAUUGCUACUGUUGCUGCACUGCGGUCUGCGGAGGGGUUAGCAUCCAGGGAGCAGAGCGGGGCAGCAGCUUUUUCCUGCUCUCUGAAGACCGGAGAGGUGAUAGGAUUUUGUACUGUUUAGAUCCAUCCUUGGAAAUGUCAGUCUCUCUGAGUUUUUUUUUUUUUUCCUUCCCCCCUCUCUUUUCCCUCUUCUCGAAAGUAAUGGAUGCGCCUUUUGAGAUUGCAGGGGUUGAA